AUGAGCAUCGAGUUCCGUUGGAACACCAAUUAUACAGUAUUUGCAUAUAACAAUGCACUAAUGGGGAUUAAACUGCUGGGAGGCACGCGAUUGGGACUCAUGCAAAUACGUUUCCCUGCCGAUGCCAACGCGGCACAAGAUACCGGCGAACAAGGCAACGAUUGGAAUCGUACACGGAAUCAGUCCAACAUCAACGAACGUGCUGGUUCCGGAAAUAUCGCAGCUAUCGAUAUACCAAAUGCUGGAAAAAUAAAAUUCGAUCCGCCCAAAGUGCCAGUGAUAUUUGUUUUAGGAGGCCCAGGUAGUGGCAAAGUAACGCAUUGCGACACUUUCAUGCAGGAACGUCGUGGAGUGACUCAUAUAAAUAUGAUGGACUUACUGCAGCAAUAUGCAAUGGGAAACGAUAUGCAAGAUUUUUCGCAACUCUCCUCGAAAACAGUUACCGAAGUUUUAAUGUUAGAAAUGAAAAUGGCUCCAGCUGCCAAAGCAUACCUAAUUUCAGGAUAUCCACGCUCGAUGCGCGAUGUAGUUGAAUAUUCCGAGAAGAUUCAAGUAGUGAAUGGCGUUAUAUUGAUAUCCUGGCGUCAAUCAGUUUUACAAAAGCAAAUUGAUUACGGCGCCAAAUUAGGUCAUGUUGUACUCUCCUUAGCCAAAAUGGAAUUGGAAAAUUUCUUUAAAAAUGUGAUGCCAGUAGCAGAUUAUUUUGAUCAAAGUGACAUGUUACUAGCGGUUAAUGGCGAACGAGCUCCAGCGGAUGUAUAUAAGGAUUUCCGUACUGCUGUACUUGACAUACUUAGCACACUUGAAAAUCAAGAGGCAAUACUUAAUGGAGUAACAGGUAUGGGCAGAGGGAUACAUGAUAUACCCGGCAGUAUAGUUAGCGUAGACACAGCACCUAGUCAACCGCAAAAUAUUGCAGAAUUAUUACAUCCAAAUGCGGAUACAAGCACAGAAGAAAUAGACCCGAAGUUAAAUGUGGCAAAUGCUGUGAUUUCUCGGAUUGCAUCAAAUGCAGCAUUAGCUGUGGCCACAACAGUAAGUAAUGCUGCUGAUGUAAUUACAAGGCAACCAACUCUAGCCAACGCUGCCACCAGCACGAAUGAAGUUAACAGUAUACCACCGAUUAUAUGGGUCAUUGGUGGACCAGGUAGUAAUAAGGCAACACUUUGCAUGAAAGCUGUAGGCUUAAACCCAGGUUGGGGUCAUAUAAGUGUUGGUCGCCUGCUACGUACCAUUACUGAUUCUGCACCACGUGCAAACACAGAAAGCUAUGCAGUGAAAGAAGCACUAUCAGCUGGGGAAAUGGCACCCGAAAAAUCUGUCAGUAAUAUUUUGGAUCUGAACAUAAGACAAAUGCAAGAUCGAGCUGGUAUUAUUAUUGACGGAUAUCCCAGAAAUUUGCAACAGGUCAAGUUUUUUGAAACUAAGUAUAAACAACGUCCACCUAUUAUAUUAUUGGAUUGUUCCAAACUACAGUUGGGACGUGGGCGCAUUGAUGACACAGUUUCUUCGUUUCGUCGUCGUUUGGAACUUUUCCGUGAACUAACAUUACCGAUGCUCAAGGCAAUGGAUAAUAGUCACCGAUUACAAAUUGUUGAUGGCGAUACAGAUAGUCCAUCUGUACAACGUGAAUUCGAAAGAAUUAUACGAGGGCACAUACAAAUUUACCAGCAUGUAGGUACGAAAGCAAAUAUGCCGAAUCAAGGAAUAAAUACAUAUCAGAGUGGCCUCGUCAAUAAUAGCAUAAGAGGUGGGCAGAAUCAUACAAAUGCCGAACAAACUGAAACUAUAUUGCAGGAUUUAGAAAAUAAUGUGCCUGGAGCAGUGCCAACAAUAAGCCAUCAUGUUAGUCUCAUGAAUGGGCAUCUACGCAACAGUAGUGCUACAAAUAAUUUUAAUAAUAAAAAAUCAAACUCUCAUGCAACAACUAUGAAUGGCGACGUACGUGCGCGUACCGGUCAAGCUAUGGACUUUCGACAUAUGCUAGAAGAGGCAGAACGCUAUCCGGUGGAUUCGUAUAUGUGAGAGGGUCGAUAAUAGUAACUAUAUUAAAAACAAUAACAAAAAUACAAAUAAUAUAGAAGAAUAUGGUAACCUAUUAAGAAGAAGGUAGUAAGUAUUAGUUACCUUAAAAUAAUUAAGAG